GGUCAAUCCGCAAAAAAAAAUGAAAUUUGAUUGGGAGCCUUGAGGCCGUGACAUAGAGGGCAGAAAUUCCUACUCCAAAGGCCUAGUAAUCGGUAAACUCCACCCAACCCUCAACAGGAAGAGAAUGAGCAGAGGUAAGAAGACUGAAUCGGAGGAGGUGGAAGAGCUGCUCCGUGCGGCAGAGGAUGACGUGUCCCUUAAGCUGAGUCUUAAUUCCCAUAUGGCUCGUGGUUCUUCCACCCAAUUCAUCGACCCACAACUCGAUCAACGUUUCCAAGCUCUCAGAUCCAAGAAAACUCCCAAAAAAACCCCUAUUUCCCAACAGGGUAUAGGUUUAGUCAAACAACCACCUUCAGCCUCUACAGCAAUGGACUCAGAUGACUUGUUUACAAGAUUUGCAGCACUCAAAAGCUCCCUUCCCGCUUAUUCUUCGGCUUCAUCGUCAGCGGUGGAGAAGGAAGAGGGUGAUGAUGAUGAUGAAGUUGAGAAGGUGAUAAAGUGGGCAAUUGAUGCUGCUAGACUUGAUCCUUCGCCUCCCUCCGAGACUGAUGAUGACAAUGAUGAGAGCAGCACUGAUGUGGAGGAUGAAAAUAGUGACGAUGAUUCCAAGCGUCGGCAAAGAAAAGCUAAGCGCAAAUGAUUUGUGACUCUCUGUGUAUUUUUUCACCUGCUUGACUCGUAUAUUUGAUAGAAAGAUUUUGUGUUUCCUUGUAUCUAUGCAUUAAAAGUUCUCGCUUUUCUUCUAAUUGGUGACAUUGUAAAUUGUCAAAAAUGUGUUUCUAUCUUUUCUUUUGCUUUUUUGUGAAUUGAUAUCUUGCCUUAGAAAAUUAGGCAUUUUCAAUGUAAGUCAUAUUGAGUUGAUUGUGGAAAGUAAAGGUGCACUACUACUA